GAUAUAAAGUUAAUUGUAAAAUGAUGAUCAUACAUUAUUAACCGUUUUUUGAGAAAUUAAAUAUUUUUAGAAGCAUUUAUGGUUGAUAAUAAUAUAAAUAAAUGAAAGCAACUCUUGCAAUAAUUUUGUUAGUGAGCAUAGCUUCUGCAACAUCAACACAUGAUUAAAUAAUGGCCUUUCUUUAAACAGGAACAAAGGCAAUGGAUGCAAUAGACACAGUUUUUGGUUUAUUGAAUGAUCUUGUGCAAUCAAAUAAAGAUGCUUAAUUUGCAGCUGAUUAAAAGAAUGAAACAGAUGAAUGGAUUGGUGCAUAGUAAUAUUAAUUAAUAAAUAUAGAACAAUUGAAUAAUUCACAAAAAUAAAAUCACUCAACUAAAAGCUUUUCUAAUAAUCAAUAGAAAACAGAGCAUAAUUUGAAUAAGAAUUAUAAGACACAAAGAAUUAUCUUGCUUGGAAUGAAUAAAGAUAAGAUGAAAUUAAUAGAAAGAUUGAAGUUCUUCUUGAUGAAUAGUGUCUUAGUAAUUAAUUGUUUGUGAGAUCAAUAAAGCAAAACAGAGAAGCUCUUGAAGUUGUUAGAUUAUUAAAGCAAGAUGUUGCUGGUUAUAUAAUAAAUGGUGAUUCAUUUGAAUUAGUUCAAGAGAAAGCUUAAAGUGUAGCAGAGAAACUUAAAGGUUAUAGCAAUCUAUUUAAUGAACAUGAAGUUAAGACCUUUUUGAAUUUAGCUUAAAAUAAAUAAGAGGAAGGAGUAAGUAGAGGUGCAACAUUAGCUGAAAGAGUUCUUGGAGUACUUGAAUCACUUGAAUCAAACUUAUAAGCCUCUCUUGAAGCUUUAGAAGUAAAUGAAAUUAAUGCCUCAUGGGAAUUAGCUGGAUGGGUUUCAUUGAGUGAAGCUGAAGUUUAAAAUUUGAAGGUUGAAUAUGAAAGAAAACAAGUUUAUGCUGAUAGAUUAGCUACUGUAAUUAAUAUUAUAUAUUUAUUAUUAGUAAAUCUAAGCAGCUUUGGCUUAAUAAGCCAAAUCUAAAAUCAUUUUAUAAGAAUCCUAAGAUGCUCUUGAUUAAGCUCAAACUGAUUUAGAAAAUAAGAGAGCUGAUUAUGCUGAAGCCAAAGCUAAAAGAGAUGAAGAAAAUGCCAUUUUAGAAUAAGUUAUUAUUAUGUUCAAGAAAUAAGUCGCUUCUUGGUCUGGAAGAUGAUUAAUAAUAUACCUAAUCAAGUUAUUACAACAAAAAUAGCAUUUGGGUC